GUGUUGCAGAAAGAUCCACUAUCUUGGGAAUCAUGUUACCCAAUCCAAGAUGCUUCAUGCCUAGGUAUAUUGACUGAAUUACAUCAAUAAGUUAUAGCGGAACAGGAAGGUGUCAUGUCGCUUGAGUAGUGGGUAGAUUUGAACAUCCAGGCGGGUAUAUAACAAACACAAGAAGACCUACCAGAAAUCGACCAUUAACAGUUCAACCCACCUAGGCAGUCAAUAUCCAGCCAUGCUUGGAAUUAUCUACGAGACAGUUUACGCUCCGGGAGCCCUAUGGUAUUUCCUCCUAGCUCCAGUUCUUUUGGCACUUACUCAAGCCUGGAGAAUUUUCACCAAAGGCGAGACCCAGCCACUAUACCAGAAGAAGCAGAAUCCAGACCAUGAUAUCGAGCCAUUGUGGGAUUUCGACUUCCGCAAAGUCGACCCUAUCCGCUAUCAGCCUUACAAGACGCAAGGUCAUGUCACCAUGGGUAUCCAAAAGCGUACUCGCUCCGAGUGGAUCCGCAUGGACCACGGCUAUCUCAACCGCAUCCAAGAGCGUCUACCCCUGAUCAGGGAGAAGCCCGAGUUCACCAUUGGGACCGGCGAGAAGGUCAACCCAGCCAUCGAGGAGCUGUACGAGGAAGUCAUGAUCAAGUACUUGCCUGCUAGGUUCCCGACUAUGUUCAAGGCCCAUGGAAAGGUGGCCAGGAACCUAGCUACGGGGUCGACUUAUCCGCUCAGCAUGGUGGGAUUGACGCAUGCGCAGAUGUUGGCUUAUAUGGGAGAAAACGUUGAGGAGGACUUCUACUUCAUGUGCCCCGACGCCGACGACCAAUACCGUCUACAAGGUUACAUCGCCUGUUUCCCCGGCGGAUUCCUAAGCCCGGCCCGUGUUGGCGAAUCUGUCCGGGAGAUCCACAAGCCCGUUCCGGGCUAUGAUAAGAAGCUUGGGCUCAGCGUGGACCGGUACUUUGGAAGGAUGAUUCCCGGGGACUUCAUUGGACGUAUGAAUUGGUCUCUACAAGUCGACGGCGCAGACUUAUUCCGCACUGAUGGCAACAACUACUACCCCGGCACCGAGCAGACCGUCGCCGACGAAAAAGCCGACCCCGAGUUCGACGAAUGCUUCUUGCGCAUUGAACACCAGACUCUCACCAAGCUGCCGCGCACCAGCGCCGUUAUUUUCACGGUUCGGUCUUACAUGACCCGGCUUGACCAAGUCAAGGCAGAAGGGGACGGGAAAGCGUUGGCGGAGGCUAUCGAGUCUAUGCCCGAGGGGCUCGGCCACUAUAAGAUGCGCCAGUAUUGGGGGGCGAAGGUCUUGCCGUGGUUGAUGGAGGAUGUGUCUGGAAAGGGGGUCAAUAGGAAGAGUGGGUAAAGGGUGGACAUGGUGGACGGUCGUGUAGAUCGGCCGAUGCGCUCCGAUAGGUAAACAAUUCGACGUCGAGUUGCAGUCUCAGUAUACUCAGAUAUACCCUAGGUAGACAUCUGAUAUGGAAACCACAUUGAAUGCCAUCUUCAAUUCUCAAGUAUGUU